AUGACGCGUGCUGCGUCAUUUCUGAGUCUUGGAGUCAUGCGGAAUUUAUUAAAUCGAGCAGCUCUAUGUCUCUUUUUUUCCCUGGUCUUAUUUCAAACUUUAUUAUGGCUGGAUAUUGCAAACCCGAAAAUCUCACGACGAUCGAAACGCAUUUGGAUCACUUUUAUCGUGGCCAAUGGACUUUUUUACGUGACGGUCUUGGGACUUUCGGUACUUCAUGAAGCAAAAGUUAUGGAAGCACAUGAGACGCAGACAAAAUUAAAGCAAUCGACACUUUGGACGGGGGUCAUGCCGGUGCUUUUGAUAGCUACGGGAAGUUUUGGAAGUUCCUUGGGUCUAGUCUACUCGACAUGGAAAAUGAGACUUCGGGUUGAACGUGUACUUAAGCCAUCGGGUGACGGAUUACGACGUCGACUGGAUGAACGGGUGGAAAAAAAUUAA